AUGGACCCACAAGAAGUUAUGGACCUCUAUGAUUCAUACUGGUUCACUCUUGAAAUCUUCAAGAACCCACCUCAAAAAUCAAGUUCUGAAACAAACCCAGAUCAGCAAAAUCAAGAAAACAAACAAGAACCAGAGCUUUCAAUUCCAAGCCUCCAAUCAAUCCAUGUUAGGUCAAAAAGUGACCAGUUGAGCUCCAUGACAAGCUUUGAUUCUGAUUUUCUCUCUCCAAACUCUGUCCUCUUCACACCAAAUCUCCAGACCAUCCUCUCAGGGAAAGAAACUACAUAUGAAGAACCAACAACACAAUUACAUGUUGAAGAACAACAACAUCAAAGCAUGAGAAGUACAAGCAUCAGGAGAAAAACAAAUAAGGGUAUGACAAAGAGCUUGUCAGAUCUUGAGUUUGAAGAGCUAAAAGGGUUUAUGGAUCUGGGUUUUGUGUUCUCCGAAGAAGAUGUGAAUUCAAGUUUGGUUGAAAUCAUUCCUGGGUUGCAAAGAUUGGCCAAGAAGGAUGGUGAAAAGGAAGAGAGUCAAAAGAAUAGUUUUGAUGAAUCUUCGACUCCAAUUCCAAGGCCUUACCUAUCUGAAGCAUGGGAGGUUUUGGAUAGAAGAAACAGAGAGAUGAAGAACAAGAAGAAUAACCCAUUGAUUAAUUGGAGAGUUCCUGAUUUGGGAAAUGAAAUUAACAUGAAAGAUAGCCUCAAAUGGUGGGCUCAAACUGUUGCUUCCACAGUUAGAUGA